AGUGAAGUGAAAGGUUUCACUGCUGAGCUCUUCACUUGCGAGGUUUUCCAGGCUGUUGUUUGAAGAAUCUCACUGUUUCUCUCCGGGGAUCUGAUCUGAGAUCAGUCCUGGUGUGUUUCCUCCCCCACCCGCCUCUCAUUAGCAUAAUAACGCAGCUGCACACCGGGAGGUCUCUCGGGUUAAAACAAACGUUACAGGUGAGACCAGAGCAGAGUCUCACAGUUCAGACAUGACUUCCUUGGUGCUGUUAGCCUUGUGUUUUGUCAGCGUGCGCGCGCUGUCGAACGUGGAGGAUAUGAAGACACAGGAGCGCCUCUUUCUCAGCUCUCUGGGGCUCACCGGGUUGCCCCGGCCCGCAGGGGGCCACCAGCCCCGGCGCCAAGUUCCCUCCGCGCUCUGGAGGAUGUUCCGGAGGUCAGAGAACCUGCAGGCCCAGGAGAGCGACCCGUGCACUGUGUCUGAGUACGGAGUCCGCGGCAACAUCAUCCGAUACGUGCAAGAUCAAGGCAGGUUGGUGUCAGGCUGGAGCAGCAGCUGUCAUGCUUGUCUGGAGAAGCAGCUUUUCUUUAACAUGUCUGUCCUGCAGCCUGUGGAGCUGCUGUCUCUGGCUCAGCUGGAAAUCAAGCUCCACUGGAAGCCUCUCAGACCUGCAGAGUUCCUGCAGGGCUCCCGAGCCAUCAGCGUGUCGUUGUAUAAAGUGAUCCGAGCCACACUAAGGGGGGGCAAUCCUCAGGCCAACCGCAGACUCCUGCUGGCGCAGUCAGUCCAGCUGCAGCUGGAGCCCACCACCAUCACCAUGGACCUCACUUUGCUGGCAGAAAGCUGGCGCAAACCAGGACACAACUACGGUUUAGUUUUGGAGCUUCUACCUUUCAGUUCAGAACCAGAGGAGCUUGUUUCUUUUUACUCUGGUAACUCCCUCCCAAUGGAACCAGCCCUUACUCUUCCACUGAUUCAGGCCUCGCUGGUCGUUGUGUCCCUCAACCCCCACCAGUGCCGCUCCCGACAGAGGAGGAGCGCCAUCCACCUCCCUGUGACACCCAGUAAUGUCUGCAAGGCUCGCCGGCUCUACAUUGACUUCAAAGACGUGGGUUGGCAGAACUGGAUCAUUGCCCCGCAGGGCUACAUGGCCAACUACUGCCAUGGCGAGUGCCCGUUCCCGCUCAGCGAGAGCCUGAACGGCACCAACCAUGCCAUCCUGCAGACUCUGGUACACUCCCUGGACCCACAGGGUACACCUCAGCCCUGCUGCGUUCCCAUCCGACUCUCCCCGAUCUCCAUGCUCUACUACGACAACAACGACAACGUGGUGCUUCGACAUUACCAGGAGAUGGUGGUGGAUGAGUGUGGCUGUCGAUGAGGCAACUAGACCUCACUCCAACAAGAUGUUUACCCUUUUAUUUAGUCAGUGUAUGAUUGAAUGUUUAUUUAGUUAUU